AUGACUAAAUUAGUCAAGGAUUGUCCGGAUAACGAAUCUCCUUUUCCUUCAUCCAGAAGGCACCGGUGCCCUCACACGCCACCUCCAGCCGUGAUCCCCCUGGGCUCUGACUCUGGGCCCGCGUGUCUGCUCUCUGAGUAUGGAGAGAAGUUUGUCUCCCAUGGCAACACUGCCGUUCGCAUUUCUAAACACGUUCCGGAGGAGCUCCAGCCUCCAGAAGGGCCCAUUUCAAACACCACCACGUUCCGAUCAGACUAUGUGCCACACCGGCUGACACCCAGAGCUCCCAAACCUGUCCAGGUCUGUUCUCCCCCCGCUGUGGAAAUGGCACUGCAGACCACAUACAUGCAAGACUUCACACAGCACCCGACGCAAAGAAACAUCGUCAGCAAAACAGAGCAGCACUGGAGCCCGCCAGCCAAGAUGGACACUCGGUCUGUCUACAACGAGGAAUACAGGCCCUGGUCCCUUCUCAAACAGAAACCUUUUAAGACGAAGGACAACCUGACAAUCAGCACAGAAAAGUUCAGUGCCCUCAGCACCGCUCAGGACGACUACUGUCCCAAACCCGGCGCCGUGGCCCGUCAUAGCUUUAAACCUGUACCAGUGCUGAAAGAGUCCCCGCCCUUUGAGGGUGACACCACCCACCGCCUGUCAUACGUAUCGCACCCCCCUCAACGCCGAGCCCCCAGACAGAAAAUCGUUUACGAACCUAACUCUGUCCCUCUGGAAGCUGUUUCUACCCAUCGUCAUGACUACCGGGGUUUGAGAGGAGAGAGGCCUCGGUCGUGUAAGGCCCGGAUCACGUGGGAUGGGCACAGAAUGCCAUUUGAAGAGGUCAGUGAGUUUCAAGACAAGUACAGAGAAUGGAAGCAGCCUCCAUGUGUCAGACAGCGCUGCACUGCCUCAUACUCACCACCAGAGGGCGAGAUGGAGCUCGUUUCCACUGCCCAUGGGGACUUCAAGGGCACAAGAGCCUCACCUGCCAGGUCAGCGCGUCCUCCCAUCAAAGCCUGGAGCAAAGGGGCACCGUUUGAGGCUCGUUCUGCCAUGAAGGAAGACUACAGGGCCUGGGAAAGCGCAGAGCGCAGCUGUUCGGCAAAGCCUCCGCACGUUCGCCAGUCUCCGGACAGAUUCAGCGCCACCACCACUUUCCGUGCCCACUACACGCCCAAAACCGCCAGCAGAGCGGCCAGCUUUAAACCAGAGGCCGCGCGUCUGACCCCGCGCCACAUGGAGACCGACACCGUCUACCGCUGCACCUACAGCGAGCAUAAGAUCCAGCCCUGCCCGGCCAGUCACGCACAGCCCCCCGGCUUCCACUACACAGGCAAGGGAAGGGGCGGACACCUCCUCUAUCGGCCAACCGCAGCCCCAGAGAAGGGCGUGGCCAGACCUGCCACUGCAGGCAGUGCCAAACCCAAGGUGAGCGCUGCCACACGGCCGGUGAAAUCGGCCAUUUUCUCCCCCUGCAAGAGUUAA